CUGUUUUUUUUUUGGUGUCCCACGAUCCCUCCCUUCGGGGAUCAGCUGUUCGCGCAUGUGCAUCUGGCGCCGAGGGGAGCUCCGCCAGUGACGUGCGGGGUGACGCGGCGCCGCGCAAGUCCUUCGCGCAUUUACGGAAUAGUGUUCACUGCCGGUACACGUAUCAAGCGUGCGGCGUUCGCUUAUAGUGUAUUGUUUGCUUCUCUGUGUAGACAGGCCGCGGUGCGUCCCACUGGGCCGUUCGCCAGCAUGGACGCACUUUUGGCAGCGCUCGUUGCCCUCAUGGCAUUAGCCGCCGCGAUGGCCGCCGUGCUAAGCACGCUCUCUAAAGCGGCGAUUUUCGCGAUCCUCGCGAUCGCUCCCUGCGUAUAUCGAUACAGAAAAAGGAUUUAUGUCAUUGUGAAAACUUUGCCCCGGGAUGCUAAAUUCUUGUGGCGCUAUGCAAACGCUAUGUUGCGCUCGAAGCGCUGGGGUCGUAACAACAGCACGGUGGCGGAAUUGUUUACCAAAAGGGCCCUGAAGACGCCGGACGCUCCGUGUUUCAUCAUGGUUGAAGGACGGACUUGGACUUUUCGAGAGAUAGCAGAAAAUUCAAACCAAGUGUCUCGAGUGAUGCAGGAACACCUCGGUUUAAAACGAGGUGAUGUCGUGUGUGUGUUUAUGCCCAAUUGCGUGGAGUAUGUUUAUACGUGGCUGGGUAUGGCCAAACUCGGUGCUGUCUCCGCGCUCAUUAACAGCAACCUGCGCCAUCGUCCGCUGCUGCAUUGUAUCCAAGUAGCUAAAGCCAAGGCGAUAGUGUUCUCUGAUUCACUGGCUGGAGCUAUAUCCGAGUUGGGUGAUCAGCUGCCACCAGAGCUGAAGCUGUUUCAACUGUACGGCAAGUGCUCCCCCGGGGUUAUUGACCUCCGGGCUGAGAUGGAUAAACAGGUUCCAGAAUAUCCUAUAGUGACAGACAAGCCUCGGUACAGAGACACGCUGCUGUAUAUUUACACAUCAGGCACUACUGGUAUGCCGAAGGCGGCGGUGUUGCCCAACUCUAAGUAUCUUCUAAUAGUGGUGGCGACGGUCCAUAUGUUAGGUCUCCGUUCGUCCGACCGCCUGUACAACCCUCUGCCGCUGUACCACUUGGCGGGCGGGCUGGUGGGGACGUGCGCCGCGCUUGUAGACGGCAUCCCCACCGUACUGAGGUCAAAAUUCUCUGCCACCCACUACUGGACGGACUGCAUCAAGUAUGAUUGUACGGUGUCUCAGUACAUAGGCGAGAUGUGUCGUUAUCUGCUGUGUGCUCCGCCCAGACCCACGGACACUCAGCACCGCGUGCGCAUCAUGGUGGGGAACGGAAUGAGGCCGGCCAUCUGGCAGCAGAUCGUUGACAGGUUCAAAGUACCUCAGAUAAAUGAAAUAUACGGCGCGACGGAGGGAAAUGCAAACAUAAUUAACGUGGACAAUACCGUGGGCGCUGUGGGCUUCCUGCCCAAGUUGGUGCCCACGUGGUUACAUCCCAUAGCCCUGGUUAAGGCUGAUGAUGACGGGGACCUCAUACGCGGCCCGGACGGACUGUGUAUACGAUGCCAACCUAACGAGCCCGGCAUGUUCAUCGGUCUCAUCGCUCAGGGCAACGCGUCCAGAGAAUACUACGGAUAUGUUGAAAAGAGCGACAGUAACAAGAAGUUGGUCCGCGACGUGUUCUGUAAGGGGGACGCGGCCUUUGUGAGUGGAGACAUCUUAGUGGCGGACGAACUUGGGUACUUGUACUUCAGAGACAGGACCGGAGACACUUACAAGUGGAAGGGAGAGAAUGUAGCGACCGCUGAGGUGGAGGACGCGAUCAGGGCCGCGCUAGGACAGAGGGACGUCGUCGUUUAUGGAGUCUCGAUUCCUCAGACGGAAGGACGUGCGGGUAUGGCGGCUGUGAGUGCGGCUAGUGUGGACGGACGGUCGCUGGCGGCGGCGCUCGACCACGCGCUACCAUCAUACGCGAGGCCGCUGUUCCUUAGGCUCAUGAAGGACAUAGAGAUCACCAGUACGUUCAAGUUAAAGAAGCGUCAGUACCAGAAGGAAGGGUUCGACCCGGACGUGAUCAACGACCCGUUGUUCUUCCGCUCCGGGGAAGACUUUGUACCUCUGACGUCACAAUUAUUUGAAGACAUCUGCAACGGACGGGUCAAACUAUAA